GCGGCGAUGGCGAGCGCGGCGGAGCGCGCCGUGCUGGAAGAAGAAUUUAAGUGGCUUUUACAAGAAGAGGUUCAUGCCGUCUUGAAACAGCUGCAGGAUAUUUUGAAGCUCCAGGCCAGGUGUUUCCCUGAGAGCGGGUCAGUGCGCCAGCAGUCUGAAGGCCACGAGGCUUCUCAGAGGUUUGCUCUGCCCGUGAGUGGUUCGGAAGGAGCGAUCAAGCAGGAGAACUUUGUGCUGAGCACUUCAGGCACAGACCAGGUGAAAGGUGUCUUAACGCUUCAGGGAGAUGCCUUGUGUCAAGCAGACAUUAAUUUGAAAAUGCCCAGAAACAACCAGCUCCUGCACUUUGCAUUUCGGGAAGACAAACAGUGGAAGCUGCAGCAGAUCCAGGAUGCUAGAAACCAUGUUAACCAAGCAAUUUACCUGCUUAUGAACAGAGAUGUAAACUACCAGUUCAGAACAGGCUCGGAGGUCCUCAAGCUCAUGGAUGCUGUGAUGUUACAGCUCACGAGAGCUCGAAAUCGGCUCACCACUCCAGCCACCCUGACUCUACCAGAAAUCGCCUCUGGUGGUCUCACAAAAAUGUUCACCCCUGCUCUGCCUCCAGACAUCCUUGUGAAUUUCUAUAUUAACCUGAAUAAGCUGUGCCUGACUGUCUACCAACUGCAUGUGCUGCAGCCCAGCACAACCAAGAACUUCAAGCCUGCUGGAGGAUCUGUUCUGCACAAUCCUGGCGCUAUGUUUGAGUUUGGCAACCAGAGGUAUGAAGUCAGCCACGUUCAUAAAGUGGAAAGUGUUGUCCCGUGGUUAAAUGAUGCCCUUGUCUUCUUCACAGUGUCGCUGCAGCUUUGCCAGCAGCUGAAGGAUAAGAUCUCAGUUUUCUCCAGUUAUUGGAACUACAGGCCAUACUAGUUCUCUGUGGAGCGUCCAAGCCCUUACUGCACUGCCGCUGUCUCCCUGUUUAUUUGAGUCCAGAUCAGCCGGAGGAGGAGUGCUGUGGUUCACUGCCCUAUGUCCCACCAUAGGGUAGGUCCGGUGUUGCUGGAGACAAACUUCAGUAGGUUUGUCUGAGACUGCUGCAUGUGCAGAACACUAAGCAGUGCUGUGUGGUGGGCAAGAGCUUCUGCCUGUCCUUGUUCGCAGCUGGGUUUGUGGUUAGUGCUUUGCAAACCCCUAAUAUGAUCCACAUAAUUCCGUUCAGAGAGACAGUGUAGGGCUGUGGACCACUCUCACUAACUGUAUUUGCACAUAGUGCAGUAACUGCUGGUCUAUGAGCUGGCUGGGAAGUGAUGAAAACAGACUCAUCUCACCCUUCACAAACAGUGCAGGACUGCCGCUCCGUCUAGCAAAAUACGUUGUGGUGACUUGGUCCAGCUGAAGUUUUGGCUAGCCCUAAACUUUUCCCUCUUCUGUUCUGUUCCUGACCAUGUUAUUGAUUCCUCUUUGGGGUUAUUCUUACUUGCUGCUGUUUUAACUGUUUUUUUUCCCUGGCAUCAAUGUGAUCAUCUAUAUUAAUAUUUUUUCCCCAAGGCCUAGUUGGGCCACUUGUUUUUUCCAGAUUUACUAUCUUGUUUUCACUCGGUCUCUGGACCUGCCCCAGUACCUUGAGCAGAGCUCAGGUUCCCACUGUGCAGUCUCAUAUCCUGUCAUUAAACCCAAAGUGAGUACCACGUUGCUCUUAUGACUUGCUGCCUAUCUGUGGAUGCUGCAGUAUGUAACUCAUUCCUUUAGCCAAUGAUAGCUGUGAAAUAAAGAUCUCAGACCUG